CCCGGGCGGAAUCCUCCCGAGCGGCCAUCGCCGGGCUCCAUGGAGAAGCGGGGCGCGCCGCCGGCCGCCCUUCCGCGGGGUCCAGUGCUGCACAUCGUGGUGGUGGGCUUCCAUCACAAGAAGGGUUGCCAGGUUGAAUUCUCCUACCCGCCCCUGAUGCCUGGAGAAGGACAUGACAGCCACAGUUUACCAGAGGAGUGGAAAUAUUUGCCAUUUCUUGCCUUACCAGAUGGUGCUCACAACUACCAGGAAGAUACUGUGUUUUUCCAUUUGCCACCAAGAUGUGGGGACCGAACCACAGUAUAUGGUGUCUCCUGCUACAGGCAGAUUGAAGCAAAGGCAUUAAAAGUACGACAAGCAGACAUCACCCGAGAAACAGUGCAGAAAAGUGUCUGUGUUCUCAGUCAGCUGCCUUUGUAUGGGUUACUCCAGGCCAAGCUGCAGCUCAUUACUCACGCCUAUUUUGAAGAAAAAGACUUCUCACAAAUUUCAAUUCUAAAGGAACUUUAUGAUCAUAUGAAUAGUUCCUUGGGAGGGACUUUGUUAGAAGGAUCACAAGUUUAUCUUGGUCUGUCUCCUCGGGAUCUUGUUCUUCACUUCAGACACAAGGUCUUGAUCCUUUUUAAAUUGAUUCUUCUAGAGAAGAAGGUGCUGUUUUAUAUUUCUCCAGUAAAUAGAUUGGUGGGAGCUUUGAUGACUGUCCUGUCAUUAUUUCCUGGUAUGAUUGAGCAUGGUCUUACUGACAGCUCACACUAUAGACCCAGAAAAAGCAUAUCAGAGGAUGCUGGCUUGCAAGAAACUACACCGUGGUUAGAUAACUCAGCUUCUGUGUCUGCUGGUGAUGUUUCAAACACGCACUUGGGAGCAGAGAAGGGAGGCAGGAAGAUGGCAGGAAACCAUUCGAUGGAAGGUCAGAAAGCAAACAUGCCUUUCUCCCAAUCAGAGAAGACUUAUAAUGGAGCUCAGUCCUCCAAUGGCACUGUGCAGCAUUUAGAAGUUCCUUCCCGCACAUCUCUGGAAUCCUCUGAAAGUGACUGGGAGACCUUAGAUCCUAGCAUUUUGGAUGAGGCUGCUAUGAAAGGAGAAUGUGAAAAAGCAGCAUCAGAACAGGUGGAAAAUCGUCCAAGUGAAUGCCCGAGCUCGGAAAGUCUUCCAAUCACUGUGCAGCCCCAAGCCAACACAGGACACGUGGUGCUUGUUCCAGGACUCAUCUCUGGGUUGGAAGAGGACCAGUAUGGUAUGCCGUUGGCUAUUUUUACAAAGGGAUACCUUUGCUUGCCAUACAUGGCACUGCAGCAGCAUCAUCUGCUGUCAGAUGUGACAGUCCGCGGCUUUGUUGCCGGAGCCACCAAUAUCCUGUUCCGUCAGCAGAAACAUCUGAGCGAUGCAAUUGUGGAAAUAGAAGAUGCUCAUGUACAAAUCCACGAUCCAGAACUUCGGAAGAUCCUGAACCCUACAACAGCUGACCUCAGAUUUGCAGAUUACUUGGUGAAGCACGUGACUGAGAACAGAGAUGAUGUUUUCCUUGACGGCACCGGAUGGGAAGGAGGAGAUGAGUGGAUCAGGGCUCAGUUCAGUGCUUAUCUUCAUGCACUGCUCGCUUCUGUGCUGCAACCAGACAAUGACAAGACUUUGUCAGACUUUGGAACAGCCUUUGUAGCAGCCUGGAAAAAUACUCACAACUACAGAGUAUGGAAUAGCAACAAGCAUCCAGCUCUUGCAGAAGUACAUUCCAGCCAUCCAUUCCAGGGACAAUACUCUGUGUCAGACGUUAAACUAAGAUUGUCACAUUCUGUGCAAAACAGUGAACGUGGGAAGAAGAUUGGAAAUGUGAUGGUGUCCACCAGCCGAAAUGUUGUGCAAACAGGAAAAGCUGUAGGUCAGUCGGUUGGAGGAGCCUUCACAAGUGCAAAAUCAGCCAUGUCAUCAUGGUUUUCCACUUUUACACAGUCAAGCCAAAGCCUUGGGGACUAAGUGAUGGCUUUGCCCAGUGCUGCUGAAUAUUUCAGGUGCAAUGGUUUCUCUGAGCUGUAAAAGGACUGCUUCAAAAAGUAGGAGUGAAUACUACCUAUCCGGGACCAAAACAAGGCAUGUGUUGCUUUCAAGAUGUGGAAUGUUAUUCAGUUUCACUAGAAGUAUAGAAUGGUGAGUGCCCCCAUACGAUGAGAUGGCAUUUGCUGGAUAUAAGUUGUAUUUAAGAUGACUACUUCAAAUCUGAGCCUUUAUAGAGACAUUAGCAAACAAGGCUUGCUGCAAGCCAAGCGUGUUUGACUUUAGAUUUGUACAUUUUCUUGGAUGUUGGAGAUAUUUAUGUAAAGUAGUUAUAUUUUUCGAUCCAAGUAGCCAAACGGUUGUGAAUCUUCCUAGAAAUAAGCAGAGUGUGACUACUGAUUCAUCUUCCAGGUUGGGUUAGAGAGCAUGUCAGCAGCAGAGAUGGGUGGAAGCCCAGGAACGGCUCAAAGCCAGGUAUUGCUUUGCUGCUUCCACCUGCAGACCAGAAUCAGCAGGGUGCAGAAGAAGACUGUGGCUGACGUUUGAGCGUUUCUCCUUUCUCAUCUGUAGCCACGCACGGUCUUCUGCAUUCAUCUCUCUAGCUCUCUUUGUGUCUGCAAGUCUGCGUAACGAUUGCGAAAUUGCUCUUUUCUUGGUAUUACACAGUGGGCCUUUGUAACAGGGAAUGUUUUGGCAGUGUUUUACCCCGGGGCAUGAGCAGGAUUCCAGUUGGAGAGAUCUCUUCAUGAAAAGUAUUACAACACAAUACUCCAAAAUUAAGAUUGAAUCAUAGACAGUUUUCUGAGGUCUUGCUCUGUUAGGAUAUAAUUACACCAUCAAUGUAAUUAUUAUGUAUAUGAAUACUGAGUAUUAAAAUUACCUAAGCUAGCACAGUAGCAGGCUGCGUAUUUUUUUUUUGCCAGUGAAGUUAUGAAGACUCUUCCAAAUGAAGAUUGGCUCUACAGAUUUUUUCUGCCUACUCAGGGAACGUUCUAUUUGGAUAACUCCUUUUUUCAUAAGGAAAGUAACACCAGAAUUGAGGGAGCAACUGAAACAGUUCAGUUCUUAUCCUGGCAUGAAGGAAUAUAAUAGUUUGUAUGAAGAGAUGUGACAUAAUGCUGUACCUCGUAUGGAAAGUGCAGGCAGUGGCUUCUGUACGUAAACAUGUUCCACACUGUACAUUUCAUGCUCCUGAAACAGAUUAUUUGCUGUCAGUUGCAAUGCAUGUGCUGUUCCUUCUAGCAUCCCCACAGGGUACCGUUUUCUGUGUUGCAUUAUCAGGUAUUCCAGCUUCUCCGUAUUGGAACGCUCUUAGUUUAUUCCCUUAUCGGUAUCUUUGUGUUCUGCCAUGCUUUUUUCUGGGGCCAAGGUUUCGAGUCGUGGUUAUUUCAUACAUUCCUCAAAUAAAAUAGCUGUACGUGAGAUAAAUAAGACAGUUCUAAUGUAAUUUAACAGGUUCUAUUUUCUUCAGGUGCACUUCAGAAGCUAGUGGAAAAGCACAGCUGGAUCUCAUAGUUACUGUCCAACAGUGUAAUUUUCAGUGUUACUGGUUCAGUUAGCAAUUCGAAAACAGAAGAUCUGUUUUAAAGGGUUUAUUAAGCUAAAUAUGUAAGACAACCACAGAAAACCUGAAAGUGUACGGCUGGCUUGAGUGACUUCAUUGGAGAUGGGCAAAAAAUGCCCCUAAAGCUCUUCUAAAUCUACUGCUUCUGAAAUACAAGUGAAAUACACCUACAGAACUUUAUUGCUCCUGAACUCAAUAUGUAUGUCUGUCUUCUAAAACUUCUGAUGCUCUUUAAUGUCCUACUCCACGACUCUGUAAUAGACAUUGAUAUCUUUUUAAAGAUUAUGAAAUACCUGUAGGAAGACCUGUGCUGACAUAAGAGUAAAGGUGCAGUUAUUGGUGAUGAUUGUAGAGCUUUCUGAUUCAGCACGCAGGUAAGAAAAUAAUGGCUUGCUUUUGUGAUCUUUUUCCCCCCCAUUCUGGCUGUCUCUGUUGUGGAGCCAAAAAUACCACCAGGUUAAGAGCAUUUUCCUUUCUUGUUUCUCAACACAAGGUUGGAUUAAGAAACUUGUGUUUAUCUUCAAUGUUCUUAAGAAUAAACUUCCUGCUAGCAAGUUGAAUGAUGAUUUAAACUCAGCAGUGGGUGGAGACGAAGUGAUCUUUGUAAUAAGUUGUCUUCAUUAAUAGGUAUGUUUGCUCUUUGACACUUGUUUAAACGUACUUUUGGUCUGGGAGGAGGGAUAGCAGCCAUUGACUUUCAUCUCAGUUGAUGUAGUCUUCUUCUUAAUUUCAUAUGUGUGAUCUCUUUACAUAAAUCCAGAGUGAAUGCAAGCUCUUUUCUUCCCCUGUUUUAAAGCAUUAUUACUUAUUCAAAAGGAUUUCUGCAGUCAAUUUCUAUUUCAAAGGCUCUUGACGUCUGUUGCUGCAUAGCAAGAAAUAGAGAGCUCUAAAUGAAUUGGCGAUAGCACCUCUAAUGAGAGUCAACUGUGAAGGUAUUGUUGCAGCUCAGUCACAACGUACAUUGCAGAGGUAUUUCUGAUUGUUAAUGUACAGCAUGAACUCACCUCCAGAUAAGAAAGUGUCACACUUCCCUCAACUUUAUGACAAAGGCAUCAACCUGUAGCUUAGCAGUAUUUGGGGAACUGCCUACUGAGUAUACAUAGAACAAAUCCCCCCAGGUCCACUAGACUAAGUAUUGUUGACCUAAUAUUUCAUUUGGCCAAAGUGUUCACUGUUUUUCAUCAUUUCCAUGUCAUAGCCUUCAUUCUUGAGCACAUCUGGCAGCACUUCCUUCAAAUGUAACAAUCAGUUAUCAUUUUCAGAUCACUCUUCUAGUCCACUGAUUUGUUUGUAUGUCUGUUUUAAGCACCUUUGUAAUGAAAUUUAGUAUUUUGUCUAAACAAGCUUCUUAUGUCCAUAGAAAUUAUUGCUAAGCAGCGAAACUAAAGUGGCAGUAUUUCAUUGUAAAAGUGAAGGUGUGAAUGCAGUUUUCAAACAUAGAAACUGUUACUUGAUCAUUGAAAAAUAGAAGCAAUGGAUUUGAA